AUGGCAUUUGACAAAAACCAGAAGAUCAUUAUAUUACCCAAUUACUUUGUUCGUCCAGACCUGGGUCCUAAGAUGUAUAAUGCUUAUGGGUUAAUCACGCCAGAAGACAGGAAGUAUGGAACAACAAAUCUUCAUCUAGAUAUAUCUGAUGCCGCUAACAUCAUGAUCUACGUGGGCAUCCUGACGGGACAGCUCGAUCAGGAAAACGAAGUACUUAAAACUAUCCAAGAUGGAGACUGUGAUGAACUAACUGUCAAGAGGUUUAUUGAAGGAAAAGAGAAACCAGGAGCUCUUUGGCACAUUUUUGCUGCUAAAGACACAGAGAAGAUCCGAUCCUUCCUUAAGAAGGUCUCAGAAGAACAAGGACAAGAAAACCCUGCGGAUCAUGACCCUAUUUUUCCCCAGGUAUUCAAGAAUUGA